AUGUCAUAUUCAUAUCUCUUCAAAUACAUUAUCAUCGGCGAUACAGGUGUUGGUAAGUCUUGUUUGCUCCUACAAUUCACCGACAAGCGCUUCCGACCGGACCAUGACUUGACUAUUGGCGUAGAAUUUGGUGCUCGACUGGUGAAUGUUGAUGGCAAACAGAUCAAGCUGCAGAUCUGGGACACGGCGGGACAGGAGAGUUUCCGCUCAAUAACGAGGAGCUAUUAUCGCGGAGCCACCGGAGCUCUUCUGGUCUACGACAUCUCAAGACGAGACACGUUUAACCAUCUAACACGUUGGUUGGAAGAAGCAAGGCAGAACUCCAACCCUAACAUGGUUAUAAUGCUCAUCGGCAACAAAUGCGAUCUCGAGAGGCGAGAGGUCUCUUACGAGGAGGGUGCAAAGUUUGCUAAAGACAACAACCUGAUUUUCUUGGAGACAUCGGCGAAGACGGCCCGGAAUGUGGAGGAGGCAUUUCUGCAAACAGCCAGGAAAAUUUACGAGAAUAUUCUCGCUGGCGUUUACGAUCUAUCCAACGAGUCGCAUGGCAUCAAGGUCGGUCUCCCUGCAAGCAGCACAAAUGUUGCCGAGCUGCAAAGUCAGAGAUUUACUCAAUCACAAGGAGGCUGUUGCUCCUGA